AAAUCUCUAGUGGAGGAAACAGAUUACAACGCUGGUGCAAUGUGUACAAAGGAGGAUUCUAGCUUCGAUGACGCUUAACUUCCCAGUUUAGAAUAGAAAUGAUAGAGAUAAACAGUAUGCUUUAAUUUUCGUUUAGUAUAGAUUUCGACCAAUUGUAUUUAGCCUCACAAAUACUUCCAAUGAAACUCUCAAUACAUUCAAUAUUUCAAGUUUCAGGCAUAUCACAUGAAUGCUGAAGAAGAAUAAACGUUUAGCUGUUCCAAAUAGUUUAUAUGGUUGUGUUCAAUGUUUAAGCAAGUUCUUUUUGAAUAAAUAUUUCUAAGUAUAAGUGGAGAACAUGACUUCAGUUCUAGGAAGACUAUUAUACUAUGAAUGUGCUGUUCCACUAGUGAGGUAUCGUCACUUUUUGGUAGGAAAACCUCCAGGUGUUGCCCGAUCGUUGGAACAGAGACUAGCAGAGUUAAAUUACAAAGAUCCUACUCUGCACUUCAAGGUAAAUAUUGGUUUCAAACCACCUCUACCACCAAAAGCAUCAAGUGUGCGAAAGGAAUUGGCAGCGUUACGAUGUAGUAAGGAACUGGAACAUUUGGCCAGAACUCAAAAAUUGGAAAUACCCUUAGAGGCUGUGGAAGAAACAUGGAAAACAACAGGAGCCCCAUUUCACAUUAAAACUAUAGCAGAGCACUAUGGAGUAUUUCAGGAUCUUUUUGGUGAUGCCUAUUUUUAUCCUGUAAAACCCCUGGACAUUGACUACAAAAGCGGUGAUCUCUACCAUCCAGUUUAUCGGGGAAAUGUUAUUAAACCAAGUGAGGCAUCAAAACCUCCUGAAGUCCAAUAUAAAUCGGAUCCAAACACUUUGUGGACUCUGAUUCUUACCAAUCCAGAUGGACAUUUUACGGAAGAAAAUGCAGAAUAUGUACUUUGGUUUAUAGGGAAUAUUCCAGGUUGCAAUUUAAACAAAGGAGAUGUUAUAUGGGAUUAUCUACAGCCUUUCCCUGCAUUUGGUACAGGGUAUCAGAGAUGCAUUUUCAUUCUCUUCAAGCAAGACCAGAAAAUUGAUUAUUCAUCCAUGAAAAAAGAUAUACCUUGUUUGCAGUUGAGUAAACGCACCUUCAAAACUGAAGAUUUUUAUAGACAACAUCAAAAGGACAUUACUCCAGCAGGUCUUGCGUUUUUUCAAACUGACUGGGAUCCAUCACUCACCGAUUUUUACCACAAUGUUUUGCAAAUGAAAGAACCUCAAUAUGAAUAUGAUUUUCCAGAGCCUUACAUUGCUCCACAAGAGUGGUUUCCAAAAAGGAAACCGUUUAAUACUUACCAGGAUAAAUAUCGUGAUCAGAAAGCUAUUGCAAAAGAAUAUUUGUUGAAAAAAUUUAAGAACAGACAUCCAUUUGAGAAACCUCCAACACCAUUACGUUUUCCUAAUGCUCACCCUAUUGAUCAUAAAAUACCAUCAUGGCUGAAGGAGGAAAUGAAGAAAGAUAGGCUUGGUUGGGGUCGUAUAAAUGACUAUUAGAUCUAUCAAAAAAACCUAAUCAAAUGUAAAUAUCAUUGUUUUCUUAUUAAAAGUAUUUAAAUUAUUAGUUCAUACUCAUACAAAACCCUUCCAAACUCCAAUUUCUUCUACCUCAUGUUUCAUUUGAUAUGGCUAUUUUUACAGAUUUGUUAUAGUCAAUUUGAAGUUGUAUGAUAUAAGUGUUCCAACAAUCUCAGUUUGUUGAUAAUCAGGCAGUAAAUAUGAGUUUGUGAGAACACUUCCCAAUAGAGGACAACUUUUUUGUCACUUUUUGUUAGAAAAUGUUGGUUGACAAUUUCUAAUGCAAUGGGCAAUAUCAGUAGGAGUGGCAGGGUGCAUGAAACUGUCUAAAUUUAGAAAAAUGUUCACAUGAGUGUCAUGUUGACAAUUUGAUUGUUCAGACCAUCCCUAUUGGAAAGCACCUAAAAAAAUAUCCAUCUUGACACUGUUUUAACAAUUCCAUGUAGUCAAUAUCCUUUUGCCUCUCCCUAAUAACUAGUUAUUACUUGUACUCUUUCUUGCAUAUGAAAAAUUCAAAAAAGAUUUAAAAUAUUUUGCUGCCACAUUGAAUAGCUUUCAAAAUCCUACAGCUACACUGCACAGUACAGUGUAUUGAAUGAAACAAACAAAAUGUAGGGUUGUAUAAGUUCCCCUACAACUUUCGGAAAAAAUGUAAAGUAAGUGAAGAAAUGUCUCCCAAAGAGUGCAAGUAUGUAAAGAAUCACAAUUCAUAUGGAAUAUGCAGAUAUUAUUUGUUAAGAAGUACUUGGUGAAAAAGCAAUUUUAAUCAAUGUUAAGUGGAACUCAUGUCAGCUAAUGAUAUAUGUACAAAAUGUAUUUAACAACAAUAGGAUAAGCCACUAUAUGCCCAUAAUCCACACCCUCAAAUCAGUGAGAGACAGGAAUGGUCAAGAAGAAUGAUGCAAAUAAGACUUAUCUAAAGAAGAAAUGUACUGCUGACAUGCCAACAUACACAGAAUAGAUCAUUUUACAAAGAAAACCUUUAUAUUUAUUAAUCCUUACUACGUCAUUAAAUUAAGAAAUUGAGAUAAUUGUGGUUAGUGUGAAAUGGUUAAGACUGCUUAUUUAAAUAAAUAGAUAUAUUUUCUCUAAUGCAUCAGUCUACUAGUUUUUACUGGAUGUAUUUCGAAAAUUUCAUGUUCGUGCAAAAAAUC